GGUCAAUUAUCCCUUCUUAUUCUUAUAACAUAAAUACUGCUACUCACAAACGGUGUCUAUAUAAAAAAAAUCAUCACUCAUCCCCAUGUCACGACUAGUAACUCUCCCUCCGGAAGUUCUGGACAGCAUUUUCCGUUACUUUUCGGUUCGAGAUCGCUGGCAAUUCAGUGCAGUUUGUCAUUCGUGGCGAUCAGUAAUGAUGCAUUGGCAUGGAAUGUGGGAGCAGCUUUUGACGAGCGAUUAUAAAAGCCUUGCUACGAUGACUGUUGCUGCCCUUUCACUUUACAAAGACUAUGUCAAUGGCGCGUUUGUCAAGCGCGUAUGGGCAAACGUGCAUAGUGAAUACAAUUUACCAGCCAUCAUUGAUUUCCUCAAAGGCCAAAAAUGCAACACGAUUGUUGAAGUGGGAAUUUCAGCACCCUACAUGGCGAAAUCGUCCUUUUUACAGCUCGCUGAAUUUUGUGCCCGAACGCUGACAAGAUUGUCUUUCACAUUCAGCAGCAGCGACACUAACCACUACAACCCGUCUCCAGACGACAUUCUUCACCAUUGCCAGAGCCUGAAGUCGCUGUACUACACAGGGCCGGUACACAGUAUACGUCAAUGGAAAACUUUAUCGUCGUCGUCAAGCGCUUUGAAGAAGCACAAACACUUGGUUGAUCUUGCGUUGAAUCUAUCCAACAGUGACGGUAGCUUUGAGGCAAGACGUAUAUUAGCAAUGACGCCACACAUCCAACGGUUGCGAUUGGGCUUACGCAACAUUAAACACACUUCUGCUACGCUUAUUCCGGGAAUUCUGCGCCGACACUGUCGCGAACUCGUGACUCUUGUUCUACAUUCACACAGCAACGACACCAUCGAUUCUGCUUCGCUCAGCAUGGAUCGACGGACCGUAGCAAGCUCAGGCUUAGAAAACCUCGUGUUCCACGAUUCAUUUGACCAGUAUUGUGACACUCGACAAGUGGUCCAGUUGCUUGCCAUAGAAUAUUGCCAAAGUUUGUACUCUUUGGAUAUAAAAUGUGGUUAUAGACCAUACAGCAAACAGUCCACCAUGGAGCGACUGUCAUCGGUCAUAUUCCCCUGUCUCUGCCGAUUUAUACUCAAUGAUCGCGUUGAGAGCGUGCUAAAAACAAGGCCCACCGAAUCGCAUCGAGGAAUGUCGCGUUUUCUCGCAUACUCAGUACCCAAUCUGACACAUCUUGAUCUGACGUGUUUUGAAGGCGGAAUGGAGCUCGCAUCGUUUGCAACCAAUGCAAAACGUCUACACACUUUGAACUUGUCUCAAUGCACGGGGAUCGAUUCGCAACAGCUCACCGCUUUCUUUACAGCCCUAUCCAGACAAGACGAUAAGAGGACAAGACCAACAAAAUUGGUCAGCAUCAAGUUUUGUAACAUGCCAAGCGUGUCCACAGAGGUGCUGUUAUCUAUGGCGUCGUCCCCGUUGGGAUGUGGCCUGAAGGAGCUGACCAUUGACCAUUGCGAAAACGUGACCCUGGACGAUAUCGAUCGAUUUCUAGACACCAUCGUCAUCUCAGGUCGCCGUCAUUUCAUGAUACACAAGCUCAACAUAAAUCUCGUCUAUUACAAUGAUGAUGACCCACAAGAAGCCCCCCAUCCAUUUCCUGAUCGAGAUAAAGUCAACAAGAUGCUCAGAAACCUCGAUUCUCGAGCCAUGGAAUGGACAUUUUCGCUGACUCGUUAUUUUGAAUUGUCAAUGGGCAUGGAACGCCAUGAUCAUAUGCUAUAUAGAAAACGACUACUGUGCGAUAGCCAAGACCUGUCACUUGUAUAACAUUUUCAAGUGUACAUAUAAUGAUAACUGUUAAAUUUAUGAUGUUAUUUUUUGUCCUAAAAAUGUAUAAUAUGAUAUCGUUGCAUUUGUAAGAAAGAUUUUGUGUGAACAUUGAAAAGUACGACAAGAAAACGACGAAUACUCG